GUGUUUACCCCACCAGAUGACUCGUAAAGGCAACUCAAAACAAAAGCAUGAGCCCACUCAAUGCUACCUUUCCUUCAAGGCUAAAGCCUGGACCUGGUCUGGCCUGGCUAACUUAACCUAUCCCGGACAUAUGGAUCUGGAAUGUUGCAACCCACCAAUCAGAUAGCGCCGGCUACUUCUUCCUGCCCAUCAGAUGCCCCGGUGAAUCAAAACACUCUUCAGUUUCACUCAGCCCAUCAGAUGACACGAGCCAGGAGCCGUGACAGGGUGCUGUGGAUAGGAUCACCGCGCUAUGGACAACCCACCAGACGACAGCACGCCAGGCAACAAGAAUCCCGACAUGGCGCCCACGUCAUGCCAGUGCACCUCGCGACGAGACAUGCAGUUUUGAGUUUCACGACAGUGUUGAAUUUAAUGCAUAUCACACUGGAAGAGGUCAAGGAAACGAGGAAUGAGUCCAACGGCGAAGAUAGAGUUAUGACCCUUGUUUCGGAAUUGCUUCGGGCUCGAAUGCGAAACGCUGGUGACGGAUUCAAGCAGGGAAGCGGCUGGUGUCUAAAUAUAAACAGUAGGGUUGGAAUGUCAAUUGGUCCAUCUGUUGAAGAGGAAUAUGGUGGCAGAUUAAGGGACUAUACAAGCAUGGGUUAAUCAAUCAGUCUGGAGAAUGAAUUGGAGGAUGACGGAUUUAGGUCUCCGACAAGUCUGUAUUCUCACCCCAACGCGGGCACGGAAGCUCAAGGGAAACCUUCUCUGGGACAACAUACUUGGAAGGAUACUAUCGAGGCACAGGACCAGAACCAUGGCUUCUGACCCACUAAUGCAAGCGAUGUCUGGCACUCAUCCCUAGUUUCCCAUCCCGAAUACAGAACAAGGGAGAGCGAAAGAGAGAGAGAGAGAGAGAGAGAGAGAGAGAGAGAGAGAGAGAUGAAAGGAGAAAGGAAGAG